ACUCGCGCGAAAUCGAAAAUGAGCGGCGCUAAAGCCGAACCGUAUCAAAAACCCGACCCGCACGAUACGCCGACUUUGUUGCUGACGUCGUUGUGGCUGUUCUCGGCGAUAAACUCGGCCGCGAAGGUCGAGUUCUUCACCAACAUGACGGGCGUCGCCGUCACUUUUAACAUGCAGGACGUCCUUUUGAUCGCCUUCACGUCAUGGAUGUUACACAGGGGAUUAUCAACAAGGAAUGUCGCCCUCAUAGUCCCGUGGCUCGUGUUCACCCUAUACGGUAUUUACUACAACCAGUACAAAAGUCUCGUGCAGAUGUUGUCGAUACUGCGGUCGAUACGUCACGUCUCGUCGUUGGCGUGGAUAGCGAUCGGCAUAUCGUUUUUGGGACUUGUUUUGCGCGCCAUUUUAGCGGUCAGGACAUUGCAACUGUCGACCAACCUGUGGUACCGGAAAAAGUUGGAAAAGGAACUGCUCAAUUGACUGGUUCGUCGAGUGAGUAGGUGUGGUCGUAAAAAAAUCAUCAGGAAAAACUCGUCUUAUUUAUAACCGAACCCAUUUUAACAUAGGGUUCGCAAAAGAUACCCGAAGAACUCGAAAAUCAAUGUUGGUGUAUUCUGUUUUUAUUUCAUGUUUUGUUAAUCGACGCGAUGUCAAACUGUGAAUAAAUUUCGAAUUGGA